AUGUCUGCCAAGAAAGACGGGAGGAAAGCGAGCGAAAAGAGGACUGAAAGUGUCUUUAAGAAAUUUCGUUCCCCUUGUAUUGAUGCUCACUACGAGGCUUUUAUAAUGCGAUCGAAUUGGACGAUUGGAAACUUGUACGCGGCGAAUCUUAACUUGGGACAGAGUUAUGUAAAACAAGUUGAGCAUAUAGAAAAACAAAGACAGGUUUGGUUGUCAGGGAAAAACAAGGAGGAGGAAACCAUGCAGAAAAGGUUGGAUGCUCUAAAGAGGCAAGCACAACAUUGUUUUCACUCCGAAGCUUGGACUGAUGAAGUGAAAAAUAGCACAACUCCGCGGCCAAGAGCUAAAACUGUAAGUGCCUGUUAUCGAGUUGAGAGCUUUGAAAAGCUUGAUUUCCUCGAGAGAAGAGGGCAUUUUGGAAACAACAGGUCAACUUCUCAGCCUGCAAGACCUCGGUUUAACAGCGCUUGUUUAUCAAACCUGAAUACAGUCAAGGAAGGCUUUGAAUUGCAUCUAAACCCAAGCAGGAAUAGAAAACUCCCAAACAUUCAGAGUCGGCCAGUUAGUCGAUCUACAGAAAACGCAUUUGAUUCAAGAAACCGUUCUCGUCUCGGCCUAAAAAGAACAACCUCAAUGCUUCCUUUCGAUGUAAAAUCUCACAGGUACUUCACUGUGGAGUCGGAGCAAGAAAUAAAAGCAAACAGCGAUCUAAUUCCCAAAUGGUUACCGUCAAAUCUACGGUCAAAAAAUAAUCACGAUAACAGUUUACUCUAG